AUGCAAAAAAUACCAAAACUCGCUUCUUUAACUUUAUCUAAAAUUAAAACAGAAGAUAAUCCUCAAAAUGAAAUUCAACCAAUUGAUAUAAAUGAGGAUAUAGUUAAACAAGAACAAGAGACUGAAGAG